AUUUGGCGCAGCAUGGCCGACGUGGAGAUGGACGUCGACGAGAGCAACACGUCGUCGGACGCGGCCGUCGGCGGCGCCAUGCGCAGCGGCCUGCGCUCGAUGGUCAUGCGGCUGCGCCUGCAGAACCCGAUCGUCGGUUCGUUUCCGCGGACCGUGCCCGUCAAGGCCGUCGCGUCGGCGUCCGACAACCUCAGCUUGCUCAUGGACGUGACGGGGUACGUCAAGGAGGCGAAGGAGCAGCUGGACCAGCACCGCUCGCCGCAGGCCAAGGUCGCGACGCUAACGAAAUGGGCCAUGUGGACAUGGGUGCCCAACCUCGUGCGCUCGAGUCUCCUCGGCAGUGCGACGUGGGCGAGCUACGAGCUAUCGACAAACGCGCUGACGCCGUCGCAGACGCCGCAGGUGCAGCCAUACGCCUCGACAUACGACACACGGAGGACCUCAUGGGCUGCGUAG